AUGUUCAACGAUACCUACUUCGAAAGUGACAACCCAGUCCACACCAAGCUCAAGCAGCAAAAAAUUUAUCGACAAGGUCAAUGGCUCGAUCCCUCCAUUGCCACACCCGAUGAGGUCGACCACAGAUUCUGCCAAAGCAGCGUAUUUGCUCGCACUUUGCAGCACGAUUGCUACGAAGAAACCUCCCAGGGGAUCCUGCGUAGCCUCAAGAGUCUGCCACCGUGCGGCAAUCGAUCCAAGGAGAGUCCAAAUUUCAAGAAGUACCAAUCCCUACACAGUCAAUUACUCGACCUCUUUUGUCUCCUCGACUACCAAGUGAUGCCUAUGGGCCAAGACCCUUUCUCCCAAUUUAAAACGGUCAAUCGUGUUGGCAAGGAGAAACUUCCGCGUCCUCCGCACCAGAUCCGCAUCCAACAAGUACGCUACGACAUCUCCACGCUCUCUGAGCUGCUGCGUCACGAUCUCUGUACUGAGUUGCAUCCGGAUCUCGUCCAUCUUCUUUCGGCCGAAACGCUCAUGCGUCGCUACAGGGUUGUCCGGGGUAUAUCGUCCCUCCUCGAUGAGUACAGCAUCAUGCUUGCACCCUACGAACGAGCCUUCCUUUGGCGCGACUGCGAAGUUUGCUCAAACUACGACUUCUACAUCAUUCGCUUCUUUCGCGAUUUCUACCGCUUGCUUCUCCGAAUCUUUCAUGACCAACGCAACAGGCGUGCUGCUCGCAACCGCUUCGCUCUCGAAUCCGAAACUUCGAGUUCCGAAUUGAACGACGAAUCAGAAGAAUAG